AUGGCGGACGUCAAGAGCAAGAACCUCUACGAGCUUUUGGGCAACACCUCGGAUCAAGAUUCUGAUCGCGAACCCGAACCACCCACCAAAACCAUUGAGAAACCCACAGCUCGUCUUGGAAAACGUGAUGCGCCUGCUUCUGCACCUGCAGAUUCGGGUGUGAGUAGUCGCGGAGGCCGUGGUGGGCGACGUGGUGGUGGAUUCUCCGGAAGUGAAGCAGCAUAUCGCAAUCGUACCACUGGCCGAAACUACAACCGUGAUCAAGGCACUGGUGAAAAGACUGAAGAUGGCAAUCGUGGUGCUCGACGUGGCGGCCGUGGUUCUGGCGGCCCUCGUCGCGGCGGCGAUCGUCACAGUCGUACUGACAGAGCGGAUCACGAGAAACAAGUUGGACAUGGCUGGGGAGAAAACACCGGUGAAGGUGAAUGGGCGGAUGAGAAAGCAGGCGAAGCUAUCGCUUCACAAGAAGUCAAAGAAGGCGGCUGGGAUGCUAACGCAGAGGCUCCAGCUGCUACUUCUGGUGGCGAUGCGUUGCCCGAACAAGAGCCCGAGCCAGAAGACAACAGCAAAUCCUACGCUGAUUACUUGGCCGAACAAGCUUCCAAGAAAUUGAGUGAUCUCGGUCUCAAAGAAGCCCGUGCACCUAACGAGGGAUCCAAGGAGAACAAGAAGUGGAAAUCUGGAAAGGAGAUCACCAAAGAGGAGGACGAAGAUUACUUCAAGGGUGAGGAAAAGGCCAAACGCGAGCGUGCUCGGGAGCCCAAGAAGGAGUUCCUCGACAUUGACUACAGCUUCAAGGAGCAAGCGCGCGAUUCUCGUGGUGGUGGCCGAGGCGGUCGUGGUCGUGGUCGUGGCGAGUUCCGCGGUGGCGAUCGUGGUGACCGUUCCGAACGUCCUGAACGUAGCGAGCGUCCUGAUCGUGGCGAUCGUGGCGAUUUCCGUGGCCGCGGCCGAGGUCGUGGUGAACGAGGUGAAUAUCGCGGUCGUGGCGGCCGUGGCCGUGGUGGCAAUGAAGCCUCCGGCUCUCAGGUCGCAGUCGACGAUACUACUGCCUUCCCGAGUCUGGGAGGUAAAUAG